CUUCUCUCUACAACCCUAAAAGCAACAACGCCUCAGCCCUCAGCCCGAUCGACGCCGCUGGAACAACCGUCGACAAGACUUCUUCCACGCCGUUGUGUCCACUGCCGACAAAGGCCAACGCCUCUGAGUCCGAUGGUGCAGCCAUAAAUUUCCACUGACUUUGACGCCUCUUGCUUGGUAUCCAUCCACCGGCCCUCAGCCCGACGCCUCGGAGUCCGAGAAUCAUUUCCGCCUCUCAGCACCGGGCCUCUACUAUUCAGAUGCCAAAUUCCUUGCGUAAUUCAAAUGCAUCAAUUCGAGGCCGUGACCGUGGUCGAGGCGGAGGCCAAACGUCUCGCGAUCACCUGAUGGGAGACAAUGAUGGUUCGAAUAACAAUUCAGGUCAACCCGACACACGCAUUUCUGGUCAACUCUCUCAUGUGCGUGGGGGUGGGGGUGGUGGAACGUCCUCACAGCCUCAGAAUGAGCUGGCCGGGAACCAAAGAUGGAUAACGGCGGAAGAAGUUCUCAGCGAUGGAACAAUUUUACCAACCAUUGAAAAGAUUGUCUCUGAACAUUAUCCUACCGAGGCUUGUGCCACGUAUGGUCUAAUAUCAAAAAAGCUGCGGACUCAAUACUUUGACCAGUUCACGCAUGAAUAUAUGUGGAAUCCGAUUGAGACGAAUGAGAUUAUGAAGAACUUUCAUACUAGUGCAUCGGGUUGGCUCACUUUUACAUUUUCUCAUGCCUGAUCCGACAAUACCAAGCCGGAAUGGAUUACGGAUAAAUGUUGUGUGGCAGACUCUUUUGGAUUACUGGGAGAAUAAUGAAACAUUUAAAAGAUACAGUGAAGCAGGGAAGAAGAACAGAAACUGCCCAAAUGCAAAGAAUACCCAAUGGCAUGGUGGACGUUCAUCAACGUUUGACCAUAAUAAAAAAUUGGAAGAAAAGAUGAAGAAGAAAGUUAGGAGAUUGGUACUUUUGAACAAGUGUUGGGCUCCGAAAUCUGGGCCACUUCCACCCCGUAUUGUCGAGACAACGGUAAGAAAUGAAUGAAAAUGAAUAUAUGUUUGUAUUCUUCACUUAUUUACUAUAAUUAAAUUAUUGUGUAGGAUAAUUAUAAAGAAUUGAUGACUGAGAAGUUGACUGAAAUUGCCGCCGCCGGGGGGGGGGGGGUGAAGUUGUUGAGGAGGAGAUUGAUGACGAUGCAAUCAUCGUAUAUAGUAUUGGCGAUCCGGUGAAGAGGCGGUUGCGGGGAAUGGGCUCACUCUCUCGCUCCAUUCUAAGAAAAUCCCGUGGUUGUAGUUCUUCUCAAUCCGGACCUUCUCGGAAAGAAAUUGAUGAGUUACGUGAGGGGUUAAAAAGGCAACAGGAUAAAGAAGAAGCCCGAGAAGUUGAAAUGUGGGAAAUGCGGGCUUUGGUUGUUAAAUUAUCGCAACAAUCUCAAAUGGUCGGGGUGGGCGGAUAUAACUAAGGGUUGCUAUUCCAAGCCCGACAAAUACCCUUUGGCAGUUGCUAUUCCAAGCCCGACAGUCAGCUUUUUUUCACUACACCGUCGGGUGGGAUGUCGGGAGGGGGGAUGCCGGGUGGGAUGCAAGGGGGGCAGCCGGUGGGGCAACCUGGUCACCAUGGUCAGCCCGGAGGUCAGCCCGACGGUCAGCCCGGAGGUCAACCCAGAGGUCAACCCGGAAGUGAUUUUGAUAUCAGGGGAUAUUUUGCGGAUCACGAUGACGAUGCUCAAUUAUAAUUGAGUUUUUUUAAAAGAGCAAAAGAGGCGAAGAAAGAGUAUAAAAGAGUGCAUGCUCUUCUCUUACUUUCUCCUCUUGAUAAUACUAUCAAGCAUGAUCUUGCUAUGGCCAAAAAAGUGCUCUCUAUUUUAAAAAAGCCGAGGAAGACUUUUUUAGACAAAAGGCUAAAGCCAAUCAUCUUUUCCUCAGUGACCGUGGGACUAAAUACUUCCACUCAAUUGUUCGAAAAAAUGUGGCUAAGAAUUCUAUCACUACUAUUAAGCUUCCUAAUGGGACCUCUACUACUUCUAUGGAUCAUGUGGCUGCUGAAUUUGUUAGGUUUUAUACUGGCCUCUUUGGAGCAUCAGUUCCAAGUGUUAGUAUUGAUCCUAACAUUGUUCGUUCGGGCAUUUGUUUGGACACUGCUAGAGCUACUCAACUUAUUGGCCCUAUUUCUGACAAUGAGAUUAAGGAUGCUCUCUUUGAUAUUGGGGAUAACAAGGCCCCUGGCCCUGAUGGCUAUACCUCGGCCUUUUUCAAACAUAACUGGAACAUUGUUGGCCAUGAUGUUAUUCUUGCCGUGAGAGGUUUUUUCAACUCAGGGAAACUCUUGAAGCAACUUAACCACACGGUUAUUGCUCUUAUCCCUAAAACCUCUCAUGAUCCUACGGCGGCUGACUUUAGACCGAUUGCCUGCACCAAUGUCAUCUAUAAGACCAUUACCAAGAUCAUUGCUACUAGAAUGAUUCCUUGUUUACCGGAUCUUAUUGAUCCUUCUCAAGGGGCUUUUAUUGAUGGAAGACUUAUGAUUGAAAAUAUCUUUCUUGCUCAAGAACUUGUCAAAGGCUAUUCGAGAAAGCAUAUGUCUCCUAGAUCUAUGAUCAAGGUUGAUCUUAGGAAAGCCUAUGACACCAUCUCCUGGGGUUUCUUGUAUGAGGUCUUGUUGUCUAUUGGUUUCCCUACCAGAUUUGUUGGAUGGAUCAUGGAGUGUGUUUCCACUCCUUCUUUUUCUAUUUCUAUAAAUGGUAUCCUUCAUGGUAACUUUAAAGGGAAGAGAGGACUUAGACAAGGGGAUCCCAUGUCCCCUCUCCUUUUUGUGUUGUGCCUUGAGUACUUCUCUAGACUUAUCCAUAAUAGAACUAAAACUCCGGCUUUUAAGUUUCACCCGAAAUGUGGUAAACUUAAAAUAUCUCAUAUCGCGUAUGCUGAUGAUCUUAUGCUCUUUUCUAGAGGGGACUAUUCCUCUAUUAAAGUGCUUAUUGAUGCCUUGGAUGAGUUCGGUAAUGCUUCUGGUCUUAAAGUCAAUUUUGACAAGUCUAAUAUCUUCCUUGGUGGCUUGGCUGAUUAUGACAUUGCCCAUAUCCUGAAUAUGAUUGACUUUAAGGAGGGGACUUUCCCUGUUAGAUAUUUGGGAAUCCCUUUGGCUCCUCUUAAGGUCUCUGUGGCACAGUAUGCCCCUCUGUUGGGUUCCAUUACUAAUUGUAUUAAUGCUUGGAAUACCAAGACUCUUUCUUAUGCGGGGAGAGUUGAGCUUAUCAAGGUGUCCAUUCUUUCUGGCUACAAGCACUCCCUAUUCCUAAGGCGGUGCUGGAUAGAAUCACUUCUAUCUGUCGCAUCUUCCUUUGGGGGUGCAAGUAUGCUAGAGUGGCUUGGGCUGAUAUUUGUUUUCCCAAAGAGGAAGGUGGGCUUGGCAUACAUAAUACCCAUGUGUGGAAUUCCGCACUCCUUGCCAAAACCCUUUGGGAUAUCCAUAUUAAAAAGGAUAACCUUUGGGUGAAAUGGAUCCACGGUGUCUACCUUAAUGGUAGAGGUGUGUGGGAGUUCACACCGCAUAAAAGAGACUCCCAAUUGAUUAAGAAGAUUGCUUUGAUUAGGGAUCAAAUCUUAUCCCAUUUUGAGAAUAUUCAUGAUGUUAUUGAAUACCUUAAUAAUUGCCAAAACAAUGGCAAACUUUCCUCGUCUAAGGUCUAUGAUCUUAUCAGAGCUAGGGGGGAACCUCAACAGUGGAUGUCUUUCAUUUGGAAGACCUAUAUUCCUCCCAAGUUCUCUUUCACGGUCUGGCUUGCCUUCCGUAACCGUUUGGCCACUUGUGAUAACUUGUAUAGGCUCGAUGUUGUUAACAUUUGCCCUUUUUGUAAGGGUGGUCCGGAAACGGUGCCACACCUAUUUUUUGCUUGUUCUUUUUCAGGUACCAUUUGGAACAGGGUCAAAGGUUGGUUGGGGAUCCCUAGAGAGAUGAGGACCUUGCGCAGCUCGCUAAAGUGGAUCAAAAGGCAAAGACAAGGAGCAGGAAUCAAAGCAAAAGCGGCCAGGAUUGCGUUCUGUUACUCUGUCUACUGGAUUUGGAGGACCCGCAAUGCCACUGUUUUUGACGGCCUUAUCCCUAAGGAGGAUGAUGUGUUUGCUAGAAUACAAUACAUUGUGUAUAAAAUCCUUUAUAACCUGUAUCCGCAUAGCCUUGUAGGUUUUUGAUUGUUCCUUUUGCUCGGCCUCCAACUUGUGUUUGUGUUUGGCCGUGCCUUUGUUGCUGCCAGUGAGGGAUGGGCUAUCCUUGUAGGUUUGCCUUCAUUUUUGUUUCCCUUUGUUUGUACAUUCUGAACCUUUGGUUUCUUGGAUGAUUUUUUAUAUAUACUUACAUUUCAUCCAAAAAAAAUUGAGUUUUUUUAAAUGUAUUCGAAUUUUUGUUACAGAAAUAUCCGUUGUAAAAC